AUGCCCCCCUUCGUCCCCCGCAAGCGACUCUCCUCCGCGGAUCCGCCCAGUGCCAAACGCCACAAUGCGACAGCUGCUCCCAGUGUCGACAUCGCCGCCCUCGAUGACGAAUCAGACUCCCCAUUAAGCGACGUUCCCGAUGAAACUGCUGUUCAGGAUCAGGAAAUCAAAGAUGAGCUUAGUGACGAAUUGGAAUCGGACGACGACGAAGUGGAUUGGGAAGAUGCAAUGGAAUCGAAGGCUACCACCGCCACAGCGACUACUCCUUCGAUGACACCCGCCCACGUCCAGGAUCUAGAGUUGACUCUCGACAAAAACGAGGUUCAUCUGUCCGAUAUCAUCGAUGGGAAGAAAGCUCCAUCCAAAAUUGAACGCCAAAUCCGGGUCCUAACGCACUGCCUGCAUGUCCAGUUCUUGCUCCAUCACAACGCUCUCCGAAAUGCUUGGGCAAACGACCCCCAGGUCCACGAUAUUCUACGUCGCAAGCUACCUGACGCCCUUCAUAAAGAGGUCAAAAAAUGGAAAGUGUCUUCUGGCUUGGAGCUUCCCGAAAAGCCCCCGCAAGAGACGGCCAAGAAAAAGAAAGGGAAGCAGCGUCGCAAAUCAGAGAGAGACUGGGGCGAGGGCUCAUCGCGGAUGGAACCUGGUCGGCCGGAUAUGAGCCGUGGAGACCCUAUUAUCACAUUACUCAAGGUCCUGGCUGCAUUCUGGAAGAAACAAUUCAGGAUCACCGCCCCGGGGCUACGAAAACGUGGCUACCGGCCUAUGUCCCACCUCGAGGCUGACAUAUCCGCCUUCAACAAGGAAGAACACGAUCCUGAGAGAUUUGGGGAGAGGGUCUGCGGUAUUGAUGAGUUUCGACAGGCUGCAGAGCGUAUGGAAGGGUCUCGUGACCUGGGUGCUCAGCUGUUUACUGCAUUACUUCGUGCGCUCUCGAUCGAAGCUCGACUCGUCGCCAGUCUCCAGCCUUUAGGGUUCGGUUGGACCAAGGCAGAGACACACACGCAGAAAGCCAAGGUUGAGGCAGAAGCCCAAACUGAUACUGGGGAAACUCAGGAUGCUAUGGAUGUAGAUUCCGAUGAUAGCUGUGACCAGAAACCAGCGGGCAGUAGAAAUAACCCCAAGGGGUAUGACAAGGAUCUUCCUGUUCCGAUCUAUUGGACAGAAGUUGCGUCUCCGGUUACCCACCAGAUCAUUCCCGUCGACCCGCUGAUAUUGCCGAAUGCUGUAGCGACAACGCCAGAGCUCCUGGCCGCAUUCGAGCCUCGAGGGGCUAAAGCUGAGAAAGCUAAGCAAGUGAUUUGCUAUGUGGUAGCAUAUUCGUCCGACAAGACGGCAAAAGAUGUCACCACGCGGUAUCUCCGCCGUCGUACGUGGCCUGGCAAGACGAAGGGCUAUCGAAUGCCAGCAGAAAAGAUUCCCGUGCCCGGCCGGAGAGGCAAGUUCCAUGAGUACAACUGGUUUCGUGUCAUCCUACGAAUCUACGAGCGUUCAGCAAAAAGCCAGACGGCGGUCGACGACCUUGAGGAUGCAAAUGACCUGGUACCGAAUCAACCCGAGAAAAAGGCAGCUAAGGAAGGUGACACGCUCCAAAGCCUCAAGGCCUCAGCCGAGUUUGUCCUAGAACGCUUCCUCCGCCGCGAAGAAGCCCUAAAACCAGGCUCCCAACACGUCCGCACCUUCGUGACCGGAAAAGGCAUCAAGGCCAAGGAAGAGAAGAUCUACCGACGAGCAGAUGUCCUAAAAUGCCUCUCCGCCGAGAGCUGGCACAAAGAAGGCCGACAGAUCAAGAAAGGCGAAGCGCCACUAAAACGAGUGCCCAUCCGCGCCGUAACGCUUCUCCGCAAACGCGAAGUCGACGAACUAGAGCGCGAAACCGGCGAAAAGCCCAAGCAGGGCCUCUACGCCAAAUACCAAACAGAAUACAUCAUCCCGCCACCUAUCCGGGACGGUGUCAUCCCCAAAAAUGACUACGGCAACAUCGACUGCUUCGUCCCCAGCAUGGUGCCCCGCGGUGCCACGCACAUCCCCUGGCCCGGCACCGUGCGCAUCUGCAAGAAACUCGGCAUCGACUACGCCGAAGCCGUCACGGGCUUCGAAUUCGGUUCCAAGAUGGCCGUUCCCGUCAUCGAAGGCGUCGUCGUAGCCUCGGAAAACGAAGACCUAGUUAAGGACGCCUGGCGCGCUGACGCCGCAGAAAAGCGCGAAAAAGAGCGCCGCAAAGCCGAAGCGCGCAUCCUUCAAACCUGGCGCAAAUUCCUCUUCGGUCUGCGCAUCGCCGAGCGUGUCCGCGAAGAAUACGGCGAAUCUUCCCGUGACCAUGAACGAGACGCAUAUAACCCAUUCACAAGCCGUAAAUCAGGCCAGCAGGCCACUACACCGGAACCUUACGUCCGAGAACCAUCAGAGGAGGGAGAUCCGGUUGACCGCGGCGGAGGGUUCCUUCUUCCUGGUGAAGAUGACGGCGAUGAUGGAGAUCUCAUCGUUGAGAGACACCAGCCUACGCAACCUGAACGUGAACUUGAGGCUGCUGCUGAAUCGGAUGAUGCAGGGGCCUUGGAACGGGAAAUCCCGGAUACUAGCUCCGCCCAGGAACUCUCUUCUUUGCCAGAGAUAGCGGAUUCUGAAGAGCAACUUUCUGAUUCGGAGCCUGAGUAUGUACCUCCUACUACGCGGAGACGUACUCGGAAUGCAACGCGGAAGGGUUAA